GCGUGGCGCUUACCCGGAAAACACUAAAGGAAGCCAGAGUCAAAGGUCCAAGCAGCACCAGCUUGCCAGAGUUUAGUGUUUAAUCACUCAUUUCAUCGUUGCAGCUUCUUUUAGAAGUUUGCAUGACCUACAUGGUGACGAUGAGAAGUGCAUUCAGGUUUCUCAAAAUGAACUUCGUCUCUGGCCAAAGAAGCGUGUCUCAAAGCAGCCUCACUGGGAAAGUAGCCAUAGUUACUGCCUCCACAGAUGGAAUUGGCUUGGCUACAGCUCAGGCUCUGGGGAAACGAGGGGCUCAUGUGGUGGUGAGCAGCCGGAGGCAGGCCAACGUGGACAAGGCUGUGGCCCUGCUGCAGAGCCAGAGCAUCAAAGUAACUGGAACCACAUGUAACGUUAGCAGUGGUGAGGACAGGGAGAAGCUGGUCCAAAUGACUCUGGAUCAGUGUGGUGGAAUUGACAUCCUGGUGUCCAACGCAGCUGUCAACCCUUUCUUUGGAAACAUCAUGGACUCCACGGAGGACGUCUGGGACAAAAUUCUGUCCGUAAAUGUAAAAUCAUCUUUCCUCAUGACUAAGUUGGUGGUGCCUCACAUGGAGAAGAGGGGAGGAGGAAACGUAAUAUUUGUGUCAUCUGUGGGUGCAUACCAGCCAAUGCAGGCUCUGGGCCCUUACUGCGUGAGUAAGACGGCCCUGCUGGGUCUGACCCGGGCCCUGGCUCCUGAGCUGGCUCAGAGCAACAUAAGAGUGAACUGCGUGGCUCCUGGAGUCAUCAAAACCAGAUUCAGCUCUGCGUUGUGGAAAAAUGAAGAUGUCGUGGAAGAGCUAAAAAAGCAGCUCAGCAUUAAAAGACUUGGAGAACCUGAGGAAAUCGGAGGUGUGAUUGCCUUUCUGUGCUCUGAAGAAGCUUCUUACAUCACAGGAGAGACGAUCACCGUGACCGGAGGGAUGGGCUGCCGACUCUGAGCUCUCAGGGGAAUCAUUUGUGUUGAUUAGUUGUGUUCCUACGUAUUUGCCUUAAUACAAAAUCUGUCAAGCGCAGUGCAGAAUAAAGCCAAUAUAGCCAA